AAAAAGAAGAAGAAGUCCACACCUCUCCCUUUUUCCGUGCAAAGGGUUUAGCGAUCCGGAGCAGCAGGUGAGGCUGCGUGGGGUUUCUCUCGUCGUCCCCGCCGCGCCGCCGCCGCCGCAUCCUCCGGGUGGGUUGCCGCCGCCGUCGGUCACCGAUCCUCCCAGUCGAGUGCUUGAACCAAACGCCGCCUUGGUUGAGAGAUGGCUUUCGCUGGUAGAGUUGUGAAUGCGCUCAGGAGGACUUCGGUCUCGUCCAACCCGUCGCUGCUCCAGGCAGUAAGAUGCAUGUCCUCAAAGCUUUUCGUUGGAGGACUUUCGUAUGCCACAGACGACACCACCCUCAAGGAUGUGUUUUCUCACUACGGCGAUGUUCUUGAAGCUAGGAUCAUCAUUGAUAGGGACACAGGAAAGUCAAAAGGGUAUGGAUUUAUAACUUACACAUCAAGCGAGGAAGCUGCGGCUGCCGUUACUGCCAUGGAUGGCAAGGAUCUUCAAGGACGAAUUGUAAGGGUCAGCACCGCCAAUGACCGUGCUGGUGGAAUACGUGGAGGUGGUGGAUUUGGCGCUGGUGGUUAUGGAAGUGGCGGUGGAUAUAGCAGUGGUGGUGGAUAUGGUACUGGUGAGUAUGGCAGAGGUGGUGGAUAUGCUGGCAAUGGUGGAUACGGUGGCAGGGCUUCUGAAUAUGGUGGUUAUGGUGCUGGGGGAUACAGCAGUAGUGGAGGCUAUAAUGCUACCAGUGUUCUUCAUGGAAAUGCUGGUGGCUACGGUAGCUCUGGUGUGUCCCAUGGAAAUGCUGGUGACUACAGAAGCUCUGAUGUUUACAAUACUACCAACACCUAUGGCGCUGGCAACUUCAGCCAUAGUGGUCAGUCCGGUGGCAGCUUCGGUGGAAACAACGGUGGAAUUAGUGGUGGAUGAUUUGGUGCCGCCGGUAGCAGCAACCUCCACAACUCUGCCAACUUCAGCCAUGGUGGUCAGUCCAGUGAUGGUGGCAGCAACGGCGGCAACUCUGCUAGCAACUUUGGCCAAGGUGGUGGCUUUGGUGAAAACAGUGGUGGAUAUAACAGCGGACAAUUUGGUGCCGCGGGUCACAGCAAUGGCGGCUACUCUGCCAGCAACUUCAGUAAUGCUAGCUUUGGUGCAAACAGUAGUGUAUUUAGCAGUGGACAAUCUGGUGCCACCGGUCGCAACAACGGUGGCAACUCGGCCAGCAACUUCAGCCUCGGUGGCAGCUUUGGUGCAAACAAUGGUGGAAUUAGCAGUGGACAAUUUGGUGCCGUGGGUCACAGCAAUGGAGGCUACUCUACCAGCAACUUCAGCCGUGGUAGCGGCUUUGGUGCAAACAGUGGUGGAUCCAGCAAUGGACAAUAUGGUGCCGCGCAUGGCAACAACGGCAGCAACUUCAGCCACGGUGGCGGCUUUGGUGCACAAAUGGUGGGUAUAGCAGCGGACAAUUUGGUGUUGCGGGUGUUGGAAAUAUGGUCAUAAAUCGGCAUAUUUUAAUCCAAAAUGUUAAGACAAUAAUCAUGGCAUAAACAGUGUAGGGUGAUCUAGUGAGAACAUGUAACAGUAGCAAACUAUCAUGCGCAUCAUGAAUAUCAGGAACAAGAGCAUAGCAUAUCAGGAACAA